CCAGCCAGAGUGGCCGUGGUGGGAUAGGAAAAUAUUGAGACAGUGCAUGAGCCGAAGCUCACACAAACUGAAGACACCCUCUGAGGACAGGGUCGCCGUGCUAUGAAGGGUCCCAACGGCCCACGGACCUGAGACAUGAAGAGGCUCGUGCCAUCAAGGUAAGUAUGAGGAAUUCUAAUCGUAAGUGGUUGGGUUAUAUACUGGGCUGAGUGCGCACGGACCAUUGGGUGAUAGCGAAAUAAAUUUAUAAGGACAUUUGGCAAGCGACGUGACAGAAGAGGCACAGCACUCGGAAAGAAAAUACUUAUAUGGAGCGGGUGACCGCGCAGUCGAGUCUUUGAAGAGCGACGACCUGCACAAUAUCAAAUUGGAUGUCAUUAACGGCACGCCAGUGUACGCGCGUAUCACGAGUCCUGGUGUUGCUAAUUUGUUGUUCUGGUCCUGGCCCAAUGUCUGCUGAAAUCACUGGCACCACAUACUUUGAAUAUGUGGCUCUCUCGGUAGGAAUCACCUCGUCAGGGACUACUAAUCUAAGUGUUGAUGUCCUUGCCCUCUCCACCAAAUCUCGAAGGAGAACAAAUUACACAGCUCAGGACAUGAACCAUUUAUUCUUCCGCAGACGGACUGCGGUACGCUCCAUAGAUAGUGAAAAAGGAGUAAAGUCUUCAGGCACAAUUUCAAACUCGCCCGAGGGUCGCGAAGAGAGCUGGAAGCAUCGAUGACAUGUGUACUCGGUAUGAUCCGAGUUACCCAACUGUUGGCGUGGGGCGCAAAGACUUCAUGCCGCCUGUCAGAGAGCGAGGGUAGUACGCAGUCCACUAUACCGGGGAGUUCCUACUCCAACUGUUGCCAUCGAGUUGUCAUCUGGGUCGAUUCUUCCUCGACCUAUCACAAAAUAGUCAUUUGUUCGGGACCGCUGUGGACACUGGAUGGUUGGCAGACGCGGGCGAUCUUGAAAAAGAAGGAACGACUGUCUUC